AUGAGUGAUGUUUGUGAUUUGUUCUCAGGAAGCCCCUUUGUUUUCCGAGUAUCUGCUCAGCCAGAUGCCAGCAAAGUGCGUGUGAGCGGUCCCGGCGUUGAGCAUGGUAUCCUAGCAUGCUUCCAGUCCCGCUUUAUUGUGGAGACCCGUGGCGCUGGCGCCGGUCAGCUCAUGGUCAGGAUCAGAGGGCCCAAAGGGGCGUUUCAAGUGGAAAUGUACAGAGAUAGCCAAAAAGAUAGGACAAUUCUCUGUCGCUUUGAUCCAACGGAGACAGGACUGUAUAUCAUCCACGUGAAGUGGUCCAACGUGGAUGUGCCAGGCAGUCCAUUCCACGUGCACAUUGUGGACACUCAGCAAGAGCUGGAACAAGUCCUGAAAGAAGAGUCCUACUCAAGCAACACACUACCCAGCUCACGGGGCUACAGUCAGUGGAGGGAGGAGUUUUAGAAUUAAAAGCUGUUUUCUAUCAAAUCUAAAAUAAAUUCGAAUAAAAACAAACAAAAUAAUACCAACAAAAGCUAACAAAUCUAACUUAUGAUUUAAGUUAUGUUGUUAUUUUUUAGAAUUUUAUUAAAUAAAUGUUUGGAACCACCAUGUCUUCAUUAGACUAUGCAAUGUAUAUUUUCAGAUUGAAAUGUCAGUCAGGGAAAUGUAUAAACACAUAUUUGAUGGCAUGGUUACAAGAUCUGAAUGUCCAAUUUCCAUGACAAAACUUUUUCAUAUUUGUAUUUUUAUACUUCAACACCUUGUUCAUACCUCUUGUUUGCUUCUGAUUCGAUGUCUUGUGAAUAAUAAUCAAAUUUAUCAUAAUAAAUACAUACCACAUGUGAUGUAUAGAUGUGUCAGUUUAUCGACAGCAUAUGAUAGCGCUACUGUGUAUUUUUCUAUUUAUGUUGUUUAUUUCCAGUGCUGGCAACAUUGUCAUAAUGUACAUGUACUUAAGUAACAGUGUUGCUGAUAUCAAAUGUGAUAUUACAUACGUCACUCUUCAAAGAUGAGAUUAAAAUGUGUACACAUAAAUCUGAUAACUGGGUGAAAGGGAAGGCUUGAAUAUUAUUGUGUACAUUAUUUGCAAUUUGCUGUUUUUGUUCUACAUGUUUUAUCAUUCAUCAUGUCAUUUGGCUGCUUGACAACUCUAUUAGACAUUUGACUCCAUGCUGUAAAAUACAGUAUGGAAUAUUUCAAUGUUGAAAUUGAUCAGAAACUAGUUACAAAUAAGUGAUAGUCUUUAUAUGCUAAUUGUUAACAAGGCUUAGCACAUGAUUAUUCAAAGCAAAUUGUGUAUUGUAUGUCAGCUGGUGACCAGUGGUGACAGUCUGUUGCUAUGACAACAGACAUUAAUGAAACUGUGACAACACCAUGAAAUCAACGACCAACUGUGACCUCUUUGAUAGCAAUGAAUCAGUGUGUCAUAGUUAUAAUAAUCUUGUGAUUUAGAUAUAUUACAAUCAUGUAUUCAAGAAAUGUACAUUGUGAAUGAGUGAUGGUAGUAUACAACAAAUAUGGUAACCAAAAGUAUUUAUUUGUAACAGAUUUAUUUCUUAUACAGUCUUAAAGCUCAUGAUGACUAGUCUAAGCAUAGAUGUAAAUUAGAUCUUGUUGUAUAUACCCCAAACACAUUAUCACUACAGCGACAAUUAUAAUAUUAAAUAUUUGUCAUAAUUUAGAGGAUGAUUCAGCUGCUUCUCACUGUACUGAAACCAGUUCUCUUGUGAUACACACUUUUCAAGACUGAUAUCCUAUAUUGGUGAUAAUUUGCUUUAAUGCUGACUGUCCAGUAGCCAUGGUUGUUAUACCAGCAUAAUUGUGUCAUUAAACUUUGAUAUUAUAACUGCUGACUAAGCAUACUGUACUAUAGGUGGUAAAAAUACCUGACACAAAUGGUUGUAUGUUAUGGUAGGCAUGGCUGUAUCUGUCAUAAUCAAUAAACUAUAUUGACAUAA